AACUGGUUAAGAAGUUCUCGGGGCUCAGUCAGUCAUUCCUCAUUAGUGUAGAGGCCUAUACAUUAUGUUUACGAAGUGCCAGUCUCUUUUUUGACUACAAGAACACACUUCCGUUUAAGGACUCUUGAGCUCGGGAGAGACGAACACCUUCCUCUUUGUUAGACAUCAGGAAGUGAUGCGUACACACACGUAUUUUUUGUAAGUUGGAUUUCCCCGCAUCAGUCAGUGCAGCGAAGGAUUAAUGGGAAACAUUUAUAAUGGGAUACAUCAUGUCAGCAUCUGAUCUGCCUGCGGUGCUUUGCUGAACAUUUAAACCUGAGUUCAGCAGAUCAGCCAAUCACAGUUGUGUAUGAGCCGGUAUCCUCAAUCAUGUCAGAUUUGAAUGACAACUCUUUGAACAUAAAUUUCUUGAAAGAAUCUGUGUUAAAGAGGCUUUGUGAGUCUCUUGACAAGGCCAACAAUAAGGGAUGGCGAAAACUGGGGGAGAUUGUGAAAAGUGACAGGCGAUUCAAAGUGAGUCUCAAUGAUAUGGACAUGUGUUCUCUGAAGGCUUUGGAGGCAGAUGGGAGUCCCUCCCGCACCCUGCUCAAACUUAUUGGCGAUCAAGGAUGUAUGUUGGGUGAACUGGUUGAGUUUCUACAGAUCAUGGGUCAUACGGAUGCCCUGCAGUGCCUUAAACCUCCAGGAAUUCAGAUCCUCGUCCAGCCGCAGUCAGUGGCUGUCAUUGCUGGACACAACCUUCGUCUUAGCUGUUGUGCUGUUGGUGCUUCACAUGUGCAGUUCCAGUGGUUUAAGAAAACGGAAGAGGUAUAUAACAGCUCUUCCCCAGACCUGGUGUUCAGCCCAGUCCAGCUCAAAGAUGCAGGGUUUUACAUCUGUAGGGUGAACUGUGGAAGCACAUAUGAGUUCAGUCACUGGGCCCAAGUAGAUGUCCUUGAUGUUCCACCAAGAUAUGGAUUAGUGUCAAUGGCAUUAGAGGGCAGGCCGAGGGUCCUGAUCCAGCCUCAGCCUCAAAGGCUGCUGGUGGGUGAUCUACUCUAUCUGGAGUGUGGAGCUAUUGGCAGACCCCUACCGCAAUAUCAGUGGUACAGAAAUGGAGUGCCGAUCAAAAAAGCCAACAGGAGGAAGUACACUGUCAAGAAUUUGUUGCCAGAGCACGAGGGAAGAUAUCGCUGCGAGAUCUUCUGCAAUAAUGAGCGAACAUGGAGCAAUGAAGUCGAUGUUGUUGUUAUUGAAAAUCCUUGCCAUUCUGAAAUGAAAGAGCCAAGAAUAUCUCUUCAAAUUUCAGGAGCGAUGGAGUGCUCUGAAGAUGACUUUCUGACUGUUGAGAAGGAUUACUGCCUUGAGAAACCUUAUGCUACAGACAAAGUGGCCCUUCUGAUCGGUAACCUUACAUAUCGAAACCACCCACAGCUGAAAGCGCCCAUGGUUGAUGUGUAUGACCUCACUAAUUUGCUGCGGCAGCUGAACUUUAAAGUGGUGUCUCUGCUGGAUCUGACAGAGUCAGAGAUGCGGAACGCCGUGGAGGAAUUCUUGUCCCUGCUUCAUAAGGGAGUUUAUGGUUUGUUGUAUUAUGCUGGACAUGGUUAUGAGAACUUCGGGAACAGCUUCAUGGUGCCUGUGGAUGCCCCAAAUCCAUACCGCUCAGGCAACUGUCUCUGUGUUCAGAGCAUUCUGAAACUGAUGCAGGAGAAGGAGACAGGGCUCAAUGUGUUCCUCCUGGAUAUGUGCAGGAAAAGAAAUGUACAUGAUGACGCCAUGCCAAAUGUCAUGCUCAAAGUUACAGCCAAUAUUGUGUUUGGAUAUGCCACCUGCCAAGAUGCUGAGGCUUUUGAGUUGAGUUCAAGUGGAUUCACCAAUGGAGUCUUUAUCAAAUUCCUGAAGGAGCGCCUCCUAGAGGAUGAGAAGAUAACUGUUCUGCUAGACAGUGUGGCUGAAGAUAUGGGCCAGUUUGACCCCACAAAGGGUAAGCAGGCUCUAGAGAUCCGCAGCAGCCUGUCAGAGAGACGUUCCCUCACCGAUCCCAUCCGCCCCGGGGACUACUCAGAUCCAGCCGAGGCACACAACCUGCUCUGGUCUAAAGCACAUGAACUGCCAGAGAGUAAAAUUCUGGACUUUGACUGUGGAGUUCAGAUAAAAAUGGACUUUGCUGCUGAGUUCUCCAAUGUGCUGGUCAUCUACACCAGCAUUGUGAAAAAGCCAGAGGAGAUGCAGUCAUGCCAGGCACACAUAACUAACCUUCCUCUAGACCUGGAUGUAGACCCUAAGCUGAUGAAUAAGGAAACUGUGGAGGAAACGGGAAGCUUCUUACUUUCAGGCAGUCUUCCUCAGCACUGCCUCUACACCAGACUCAGCUCAGUGCAGAAACUCAAGGAGGAAUUAGCUUUCACUGUCUGCCUACAAGUCCAGUUUAACUCCCUAGAUGACAUGGUCCAGUGGAACAUGGACGUUAACAUCGGCAAGCCGCUCACUGCCAAACUGGAUCUCAACCGGCCCACCAGGAAGAACAGCUGCCAGCUGACGUGUCACAUGCCGCACAGCCCCUCGACCAGCCCCAGCCACAGCCCCGCAUGUGACCGCCGCUUCCACAGCCAGGGCCCCUGCUUCCCCCAGCAGUACGCCAACACCUACCUCAACGUCUGUGAGCCUCUCCAUGGAGCUGUCGGAGGUUUUGAGGACUUUCGAUUGUACGGUGACCAUACAUAUCAAUACGAGAACAUACCAUGCUCACCCUUCCUGAACCCACCGAGCAUUCCCAUUGAGACCACUGAUGACAUUGAUGACAUGCAGAAUGAGUUCAUGAAUAGUUUGCAACUCUAUAACAAUCCUUGAGUACACAGUGCGAAACAGAUAAUUAAAGAGAAAAGUCCACCCAAAAUGAAAAUUCUUGUCCUCCAGCCUUCCCAAGAUAUAUGACUUUCUUUUCUCAGAUGAACACAAGCAAAGAUUUUUAGAAUAAUAAUCUACCUCUGUGAGUUCCAUAGGCAUAAUUUGCGAGUGGGAUGGGUGGGACAUGUCCCCACCACUUUUUGCAAGGGUUGAUAUUGUCCACACUACUUGAAACAUCUUGCUACACGGAUAUACCUAACAGCAAAUGAAACCUAUCCAGUUGAUGUUCAUUUGUGUUAAAUAAGAGGCAUUCGUUGCCAGUGUUAUUAGUGGCGGAGCUUUCUCUUUUUGUUCGUCCACAGUCUUCACACACACAAGCGUGUCAAUCUAUCGCUUAAUGCCAUUGCGGAGACUCUAUUCUUUCCGGUGAAAUCACAAAACAAAAUACACACAAAUGUGUCCCUGCUCUUGAUAUACAAUCAUUAAUGACCAUCUUUGAUUUUAAUGAGGAAAACAAAACUAUACGAAGGCGGAUUAGAACCUCUGACACGCUUAACAAAAGUUCUACCACCAGACCAUUUGGGAAUCCAAAUGCUUAUUGUCGAUCUAUGUAUUUAUUCACAGAAGUGAUUGUUUAUACAGUAGUUAUGUUUUUUAAAUAUUAGUACUUUUCUUACAAAGACCUAUCAUUUCGCUUCAGAAGACUUUGAUUCAGCAACUGGGGUAGUAUAGAUUAUGUCAUGUUCACUUUGUGUGGUUUUUGAAGUGUCAGCUUAGGAGGUCCCGUACACUUGCAUUAAAUGGACUCAAAGAGGUGGAUUAUUUUGAUGAAAAAAAAUAUUAAUUUGUGUUCAUCUGAAGAAAGAAAGCCAUACAUCUGGGAUGGCAUGAGAGUGAGUAAAUGACAGAAUUUUCAUUGUGGGUUUAGUAUGUUAAAAGUGAAGGGUGUCAUUUAAGUUACAAUACUGUCUCAUUUCCCAGCUUAAUGUCCAGACUAUAAAUUAAUUGUGAGUAAUUAAUUGAUAAACUGACUGCAUUAUUUUUGCAUUUGCCUUUAGUGGUGGUAGUGAUGCAAAAAUUAUAUCCCAGGUGGUCAUGUCUAAUUUCCAACAGUUUCCAGUCUUCACCUUCAUGUGACUAACUUAUUAUGGAACCUUCAAAACAUUUUAUCGUAAAGAAAAUAUUGUAGCAUACUGUGACUAUAAGUAUUUAGUGAUGUUAAAUUAUCACGUUAAAAAUCUCAUCAUAUCAUUACAUUUAAACAUGUCUUUUUCAUGUGGAUUUUAAACAGUUAUUUAGAAAAAUAACCUUUAUUUUUAAAUAAAAAGUGCAUGAAUCAAA